AUGGCUGAGCACAUAAACAAGGCAAAGGAAAUAUAUUCAAGGCUAGGCUUAGAGUGGAGCGACCCCGAAAGUCUCACAGAUGCCCUGUUCGAUUCUACCAACCUACCUCUAAACGAGCCAGACACUGCUGCCACUCGAGACGUAGAAGAAGCUAGAAACGAGAAUGAUUGUGUACACGGUGACAAAACCAAGAUAGCCCAACAGGCGCCCAGACCUGUGAAAAUUCACUUUGGGUUAAUCUUGUCCAGUAAUAUGGUCAUCAGAGAUGCCAGGGCCCGGGACAGUCUUAAUGAGAGCUUUGACGGAAAUGCUCUCUGUAUCGACUUCGAGGCAAUUGGACUGCCAAAUGACUUUCCCUGUGUCGUGAUUCGAGGCAUAUGCGAUUAUGCUGACUCUCACGAUACGAAUACGUGGCAGUACUAUGCAGCGGUGGUCGCGGCAGCUGCCGCCAAAGAACUACUGGCACAACCGGGUUGGGGUUCAAUUGGGGCCAAGGAGACAACUACCGUCACCGCCGACAUCACGGACAAAUUCAACAGCACUGGACAUUCUUGA